AUUGAAGGUUAAAAGUUUGCGAAGAAGUUAACUGGAAGACACACCCAAUAUAAUAGUCAUAGUAUAAAAGAGUGUGCGGGAUGAUCCGAAAUUCGAACAGACCCCUUCCGUUUCACCUUCCAGCUCUUCAACUCUCCAACUUCAACAUGCAAAUGAUCGCCGUCCUCUUGGUUUGCUUGGCCGCUGCCAACGCUUACGUCAUGCCAGCCUCUUAUUUGGUCCGCACUCCGGCCCAUGACAGCGCCAUCAUCAAGUCUGACCGCCUUGGAGGCAACUUUGCUUAUUCCACAGUUGAAGGGCACGCCUAUGCCGCCGUCACUCCCGUUGUCCAACGCGUCCUUACCCCGGUGGGCUACUCUCAUCACGCCAUCUCUUCUCCUUCAUUCGCCUACCCUUACGCCGUCCAUCAGUUCGUCGCUCCCGUUGAAACUGCCAAGACCGUCGAAACGGCUAAAACUCUUCCUCUGACCUACCCGUACGCUGGAUAUCCUCUUGUUGUUGCCUAAAUAAGACAUACCGUGAUGUACCGUGAUUUCUGUUGAUUCGCACUCCAAUAUAAACGUUUAUGAUA